CCUCUAUAUAUCAGUCCCAUAACUCUAUACUGAUAAAGUAUCACCACAAACCAAAUAGACAACCAUAAAUGCAAGUCAGACAUCAGACCACAGAAUACUAAAGAAUCUGUCUGUAUUCAAAGUAAAACAUACAAUACAAACAAGAUCAAUCUUUCUCCAAUCCUUCUUCCAUUAUCUUGUCGCCUUCUUUCCCCUUUAGCUCACCUCCCACACCUCUCCCUCUCCUUUCAACACCAAGGUGUUUACCAAGUAAGAUCUUUUUCACAUCACACUUGGAACUUCAUUUGCGCACUCAUACUCGUGAUGGACAUUCCUCAACAGAACGAUUAAUCAGAUUCACCUUCUCAAUUUUGACCUUCUCCGCUUUUAUGUGGUAGUAAGUAGUAGCUUCCCAAUAUACCUACUCUCCUCGAGCAACAACCAACAGUAAUCGCCUCCAACCAACAAACCUCAUUAUUUUGCCACAAAGCCACCAUCAAUAUGGAGGUUGAUAAAGAGAACUGGCAGCGGCUUCUGCUUCCAAUCUUAAAAGAUAUUGCCAAUGCUACUUUUGUUUCUUUCGAUUUGGAAAUGAGUGGUAUCACUACUCGUCCAAAGCAUACUUCCCAAGAACGAACUCAUGAUAUUGGAAAACCAAGUCUUCAACAACAAUACGAAGAAGUGAAGGAGGCUGCCGAAACUUUCCAAGUUCUUCAACUGGGUAUUACUUGUGUUGAAGAAGACCGUCGAAAGGAAUAUUAUCUUGCUAAACCUUACAAUAUCAACCUCAGUCCACUGUUGCUCUAUGAUAGAGUCUUUGAUCUCGACCGCAAGUUCUCCUUCUCUAGCUCUGCUACCAAUUUUCUUCAAUCAAAUGGCUUCGACAUUGGUGCAGUCUUCACCAUGGGCGUUCCCUAUUUAUCGGAGCAGGAAGAAGUCGAGGCUCGUGAACGUUAUGAUCAGAGGGUUGAGAGAAAUGCAGCAAUUCCUAGCAUUGUUUUUGACCCCAGUGAUGUUGGAACAUUGGAGUUUUAUCGAAGGGCUAGGUCGAGUAUUACUGAAUGGAUUGAGGCAAAAGAACCUAAGAUGACCUUUGUCAACGUGGAUAAUCCAAAGGGUCCUUUGAAUGGUUUCCAAAGAAGAUUAGUCCAUCAACUUGUACGCAGCGAAUUUCCACAGUGCAGAUGUUUUGCUCGUUUGGAUGGAUCUUUCAUGCAAGUUGAAAAGAUUGAUCAUGACAGAGAAGCAAGGUUCAAAAUCGAGCAAUUGAAGAAGUUCAACCAGCGAAUCGCCACUCAAUCUGGAGCAAGAUUUAUCUUCGAAGCACUUUGUGGUGGUGACUUAACAGGUAUUGACCCAAUGUGGUCAUAUACACAUGAUGAGAACGCCCAACCUAGCACUGUCGAUUCUUCACAUGCUACUCUUGAAGCAGAGCUUGUAAAAGUGACUAAGAAACUCAAAGAGAAACAACACGUUAUUGUUGGUCAUAACCUUUUCACCGAUCUCUGUUUCCUUUACAAGACAUUCAUUGGCGAUCUUCCGGCCGGAGUAGGAGACUUUCAAUCUCAGAUUCAUUCCUUGUUUCCUUUCGUUAUUGACACCAAGUAUCUUGCUACGUAUAAUAGCGAUGCUAUGAAACCUCGUGUUAACCUCAAAGAACUUUUGAUUCCGUUUCAAAAAAUCCAUAUGCCACUCAUACUUCUCCACGAAAAGCACAAUACCUAUGGCACCACUGAUGGAAAUGCUCACGAAGCAGGCUUUGAUAGUUGGAUGACAGCCGAACUAUUUGUCAAACUUUCUGCUCAGCUCUAUGCCGAACAACCAGAUUCUCAAUCCCCAUCUCAGGAUAAUCAGAAACACGAUUAUAGCCAUGACUAUAAUCCUUCGGAUUCUGACUCUGAAGACGAAGCAUCCGGAGGUGCUUCUCUCUUCUCUCCUAUCUCCAAUUCUGCUUUCUCAACAUCAAGUGGAAAUGCUGAUAGACAUCGCCCAAGUAAUUGGCACGCAAUGCAACUAAACAAUCCCUUCGCGGCGCUGGAACUCGAACAGACGGGUAAAAAUGGAGGAAAAAGUAAGAAAGACAAAAAGAAAGUACAAUUUGGUGAUGGAGGAAAGGGGGAAGGGGGAAUUCAACAAUGGAUUCCGAAUGCGGGACAUGCAUUCUGGGAGAAUUAUAAGAACAAAUUGAGGGUUAAUGCUAUUGAGGGAGAAGUUUGUGAUUUGAGUGGCGGCGGGAGAAGUGCGAAUGGGGUUAAUGGGGAAAGAGGAGAGAGGAUUAGGAAGCAGGGUAAGGGGAGGGGUGGUUUGGCUUGA